UACAGAGAGGGAGGAAACAGGGAAGGAAUGGGAUUCCCCACCUGGCAAUAGGCCUCUGCCAUCCUAUCGGGAUUCUUGGCGCUAUCUCAGACUAAGGGUCCUCCAGAUAAAUGGGCUGGUGGUGUGAGGCUGGGGUUGUGGGACAGGGACUAGGGCUGAGGGGAAAGGCAGGUUGAACCUAGAGGUCCAGGGUCCCACCUGGGCCCUGAAAACCUGAGUCCCAACGCUGGAGACCCCCUUGGCAUGAGUGGUUCAGUGUGCUGGUAUUGGAGGUACAGGGAAGGUGGGUAGGGAAGGGAAAGAAGAGAAACAGAAACCCGCUCCAGACCGAGGUUGGAGUCCAGGGCUCAGGUCUGAGGCAAAGCCUGCAUAUGGGCAUCCUUCCAGGAGAGGGCGCUGCAAAGGGAACUGAAGCUCUAGGAUUUAUUAAUAAUACAAACUUUGGGCUGGGCGCAAUAGCUCACGCCUGUAAUCCCAGCACUUUGGGAGGCCAAGGUGGGCGGAUCACCUGAGGACAGGAGUUCGAGACCAGCCUGGCCAACAUGGUUUCCUGGGGCCAUUACUCUGGGGAUGAAGAGGACGCAUACUCGGCUGAGCCGCUACCGGAGCUUUGCUACAAGGCCGAUGUCCAGGCCUUCAGCCGGGCCUUCCAACCCAGUGUCUCCCUGACCGUGGCUGCGCUGGGUCUGGCCGGCAAUGGCCUGGUCCUGGCCACCCACCUGGCAGCCCGACGCGCAGCGCGUUCGCCCACCUCUGCCCACCUGCUCCAGCUGGCCCUGGCCGACCUCUUGCUGGCCCUGACUCUGCCCUUCGCGGCAGCAGGGGCUCUUCAGGGCUGGAGUCUGGGAAGUGCCACCUGCCGCACCAUCUCUGGCCUCUACUCGGCCUCCUUCCACGCCGGCUUCCUCUUCCUGGCCUGUAUCAGCGCCGACCGCUACGUGGCCAUCGCGCGAGCGCUCCCAGCCGGGCCGCGGCCCUCCACUCCUGGCCGCGCACACCUGGUCUCCGUCAUCGUGUGGCUGCUGUCGCUGCUCCUGGCGCUGCCUGCGCUCCUCUACAGCCGGGAUGGGCAGCGGGAAGGCCAACGACGCUGUCGCCUCAUCUUCCCCGAGGGCCUCACGCAGACGGUGAAGGGGGCGAGCGCCGUGGCGCAGGUGGCCCUGGGCUUCGCGCUGCCGCUGGGCGUCAUGGUAGCCUGCUACGCGCUUCUGGGCCGCACGCUGCUGGCCGCCAGGGGGCCCGAGCGCCAGCGUGCGCUGCGCGUCGUGGUGGCUCUGGUGGCGGCCUUCGUGGUGCUGCAGCUGCCCUACAGCCUCGCCCUGCUGCUGGAUACGGCCGAUCUACUGGCUGCGCGCGAGCGGAGCUGCCUUGCCAGCAAACGCAAGGAUGUCGCACUGCUGGUGACCAGCGGCUUGGCCCUCGCCCGCUGCGGCCUCAAUCCCGUGCUCUACGCCUUCCUGGGCCUGCGCUUCCGCCAGGACCUGCGGAGGCUGCUACGGGGUGCGGGCUGCCCCUCAGGGCCUCAACCCCGCCGCGGCUGCCCCCGCCGGCCCCGCCUUUCUUCCUGUUCAGCUCCCACGGAGACCCACAGUCUCUCCUGGGACAACUAGGGCUGCGAAUCUAGAGGAGGGGGCAGGCUGAGGGUCGUGGGAAAGGGGAGUAGGUGGGGGAACACUGAGAAAGAGGCAGGGACCUAAAGGGACUACCUCUGUGCCUUGCCACAUUAAAUUGAUAACAUGGAAAUGAGAUGCAACCCAACAA